AUGUACCAUUCGAGGGGCCUGGCAGGGACCUCCCGCUGGCGCCACUUGACCGCCGACGACCUCGAGAUCAAGGGGCUACCCCUUCAGGAUCUGGCCCUCAGCGCCAGCGCGUCCGACCUGAAAUAUGGAGUCAUCAGCGUGAACCUUCUCCCACUCAUCCCAACGAGCAAAUUGACGGGAAACUUCGCAGCAGGUUCGUUCGGAAUGAACCUCAUCCCCGACUCGAAUCAGCGCUACGACAUCGGCUCCUCCAACGCGAGAUGGAAAGAUGCAUACCUCGCGUCCGUCAAGAUCGCCAGCAACGGAAGCAUCACGAGUCGGCAAGGCGACUUCAGCAUCAUCGCGACCUCCAAUCAGCAAUCCCUCACAUUCUCCGAGACGGGCGGAAACGUGGCCAUCAGCAAUGCGAAUCUGAGCGUGAGCGGUUCGAUACAAGCUUCCGGUGCCAACCUGACAGCCCCACUGAGCAUGUCCAGCAAUUCCAUCUCAAUGACCGGCACGAUCGCGUCUUCCAACGCCCGCCUGUCAGACAUAUACACCGACGAUGCACACAUCAACGAUCUGCGAGUAGAUUCUUCCGCCACUUUUGCUACCACGAUCCUUCCGACAUCCAACGGUUCGUACGACAUAGGUUCAUCUUCUAAAGGCUGGAGGAACAUGUACGCAGACACCCUCCGUUUGACGGGCAGUCUGUCCGUCUCCGGCGUGACGCUCUCCGGGAAUCUGGACGUGGGAAGCAAUGCUCUCAUGACAUCCGGCGAUAUCGGCUCCGCGAGCAACCGCGCUGCGGGGGUCUACGCGAAGAUGAGCGACAUAGAUUAUUACAACGUCAACAGCAACCUGAAUCUGGUGGCAGGGUCCAAGACUUCCUUUGGGACCGACCUGAUCCCCUCGAGCAACUCGCAAUACGACAUCGGAUCCACUUCUGCCCUCUGGCAAGACAUAUACGCGACUAAUGCGGCCUUAGACGGCCACUUCUCGGUGGGAGGAGUGGUGACUCUCGCGAGUAAUCUGAGCGCAGCUGGCAUAAGUUCCUCCAAGGGCCUGACGAGCGCGGGUACGGCCUCGUUCUCGAGCAAUCUGUCCGUGACCGGCCCAAUCGCAGCAUCAAACAUACUCAGCGUGACCGGUCAGACCACUCUGGGCAGCAACCUCGGAGUCGCAGGCAGCGUGAGCGCGGCCGGUGGGCUGACCUCGUCCAACGGGCUCAACGUGACCUCAGGAACUACGAGCUUGGGAAUCACCUCUUCCAACACCCUCAAUGUUACAGGCACGGCCACUCUAGGCAGUAACUUGGCGGUCACGGGGCCAAUCUCUGCCUCUGGUGCGACUCUGAGCGCUGCGCUCGCCCUAGGAUCCAAUCUACUAAAUACCACCGGCGACAUUUCCACUUCGAGCAACCGCGCUGGUUCGAUCUACUCCACGACGGAAAACACCAACGCUCUGACGAUCAACAGCAACCUGACCGUAUCAGCGGGCAGCACCACCAACAUCGGGACGGAUCUGAGGCCCUCGAGCAACAUCGCUUACGACAUCGGCACGACUUCCAACAAAUGGCGGACGGUGUAUGCCAGCAACUUCAACGCAGCCGGAGGCACACUGAGCGGAGACCUCAAUCUCAAUGCGAACAAGCUGCUGAGUACUGGAGAUAUUGCUACGUCCAACGCUCGGAUCGCAAACGCGUACCUCUCCUUGGCAGACGUCAGCUACAUCACGGCUGGCAAUGCCACAGUCAACGGUUCGUUGCAGUGUACGUCCAUCGAUACUCAGAACAGCAACAUCAAUCUCGGUACGGGGGCCAUCUACGCCGGCAGUCUCAGCACGAGCAACGCGAUAUCCGGAGGAGCUCUGAUCGUGACCAGCCUGAGUACUUCGGGUGGUGCCAUCAGCGCCGGAACGAUCACCGGCACGAGUCUGAGCGCGGGGACGGGCUCGGUCAAUGGAGGCACUGGCAACUUCAGCGGAAGCGUGACGGUGAAUGGCGAUCUGCAAGUCGGAGGAGUGUUGAACUACAUCAGCAGCACCACUCUGCAGGUCCAGGACAAGAACAUCGUCCUAGCUACCUCGUCCAACGCCACGGAUGCCCUAGCUAGUGGUGCGGGGCUGUACAUACAAGGGGCCGGUUAUUCGAACUCCAACAACGCCAUCUCGUGGACGUGGAAUACCGGAUCCAAUGGCAACUACUGGCUGCCGAGGGGAGGAAACAUCUCUCUCCUGGGAGUGGCCGGAUCGACCAAGAUGGUCAGCCUGGUCACUUCUGCGGACGGGUCCUUCAAACUCCUGUCGGACGAUGGCUCCACGGCGACGAGCACUGCGCUCUUCGGGACGCCUCUCCUUGCAAACAGCUCCAACCUGGACGUCGGCAGCACUUCGAACGUAUGGGGAACGGUCUACGCGACCACCUUGGGAAACUCCAACAAACCGAUAACUUCUCUGAACGCGACUUCCAUCACCAGUGGUACGAUAUCGAGCGGGUCCAUCAACACGAACAACUCCAACAUCUCUCUAGGUACGGGCAGCAUCACCGGAGGGGCCGUGAGCGGAACCACUGGAUCGUUCUCCGGGGGCAUAACGUCUUCCAACGGGCUCACGGUGACAGCAGGCAGCUCCACCUUCUCCAGCAACCUAGCAGUGACCGGCCCUAUCGUGACGGCAGGGGGCUUGACCUCGUCGAACGGGCUCUCCGUGACGUCUGGGAACGCAGUCUUCGCAGGGGGGCUGACGUCUUCCAACGGGCUCAACGUAGCUUCGGGCCCGGCGACCUUCGCCAGCAACGUCUCCAUCUCAGGGCCAACUUCUUGUGCCUCUCUGACAGCCUCCGGGACCGGCACCUUCAGCAGUAACGUCUCCAUCACGGGACCGACUUCCUGCGCGGCUUUGACCGCGUCCGGCACUGGAAGCUUCAGCAGCAACGUCUCCAUAACCGGACCUGCGUCGGUGGCUGGCCUCUUGACGGCAUCCAAUGGCCUGACGGUCUCGGGAGGUUCCGUAUCCCUUCCGAGUGGGUCCAUCGCGGCCUCGUCCGUGGGCAACCUACCUGCGUCCCAGAUAACCUCGGGCACCUUCUCAGUGGGCUCGUUCGGAAGUACGAACAUUAGUACCACGGGAACUCUUGGGGCUGGAGCGAGCACUCUCGGGGCGCUGACCUGCACGACCAUAAGCACCGGAAACAGCAACAUCACCGCUGGAACCGGCACGAUAACGAGCGGACAGCUCAAUCCCACCACUACUGCGACUUACGACCUGGGAUCUUCCAAUACGACGUGGAGGAACGCCUAUCUUUCCGGCACGAUGACGGCGAGUAAUUACGUGGGCCUGCAGCGAAAGUUGUGGAACGCAGGGGCGCUCGGCAUCCAGUCGAUAGCCGCCAACAGCUACUUCAAGUUGGCUACUCUGCUCGAUAGUGGUAAUACCGCCAGUGCACAGGGUCUUCGGAUCGUCGGACAGCUGGGUGGUUUCGGGAACACGCAGACGGCGACGGUAGACUGCACCAUAGUCUCUCGAGGCAACUUUUACGUGAGAGGCACUAUCCAAGGCUUCAUUUCAGGGGCCAAGCAGCGCGCUGACAUCGUCGUCUACAUAGAGACUAACGGGCAAUAUAGCGUCUAUUAUUACAACCCCGCGCAAUUCUCGGUUUGGGACCUCAGCAUCGAGGGCGGCUACGGUACGAUCCUCUACGAACCCACCUCGACGGCCAUCACUGCUCCCACAGGCACCCUCGUGACGUCAUCUGUGCUGAGCAUCCUCACUACCUCAUCCGAAUUCUCGUCAGGAACGGUGACGACGAGUUUCAACAACUUUAGCUUUUCGAAUUCCGCAUCGUCAGGGAAUCCCGUUUGGAAUCUAAUCGGAUCUUCAAACUCGGGAUCGAUACUGAGUGGCAGCAUCACCAGCGGCCAACACAACCCAUCAGCCACGGCGACGUACGACCUGGGAGCAUCUGGCACGGCGUGGAGGAGUGCUUACCUCUCGAGCAAUAUCAACGUAGGUGGUUCUAUCACGGGUUCCAACGGCCUGACGAUCUCGACAGGCUCGGUAUCUUUGCCGAGUGGGUCCGUUUCGGCCUCUGCUGUGGGAAGUCUACCUGCUUCCCAGAUCACAUCAGGCACGUUCUCGGUGGGCUCGUUCGGCAGUACGAAUAUCAGCACCACGGGGACUCUGGGGGCUGGGGCCAGCACUCUGGGGGCACUGACUUGCACGACCAUAAGCACCGGAAACAGCAACAUCACGGUAGGAAGCGGUUCCAUAACGAGCGGAACCGGCACUUUCAGCAGCAACGUCUCCAUAACCGGGCUGACGACAGUGGCGGGCCUAUUGACCGGUUCGAAUGGUCUGACGGUGUCUGCUGGCACCGUCUCCCUGCCUAGUGGGUCCAUAUCAGCUUCCGCAAUCGGUAACCUACCUGCAUCGCAGAUCACGUCUGGAACCUUCUCGGUUGGCGCGUUCGGUUCCACAAACAUCUCGACCACUGGUAGCCUCAGUGCCGGGGGGACUACCGUAUCUUCGCUUAGCGCGGCGACCGGCGUCUUGGGACAGAGCACGAAUAACUGGGCCAAGCGGACCUUCAGCAUCACCGGUCAGACCUUGUAUUCGACACCGACGUGGUGGAAGAUCGCAGCGUUCUGGAACAACGGGGCUUAUUGCUCCGGUUGCCUUACGAUAACCGGGCUCCUCGCACGUGUUUCAGGGCCGGUGAAUUUCACGGCGAACAUCGGCUUCCACACUCAGAACUCAGUCUGGAACGCUUCCCUCGUCCUCGACAGUCCGGACAGCACUGACCCUUUCGGAUCGGGAACAUUCGACAUCGCACUCUACAUCGACAACAGCAAGAAUCUGUUCGUGUACGCCAAGCAAAAUAUGGAUUAUCUGACCAUGAGCCUCGAUGUCACGACAUGCCAAUUCGAAGGGAACGUUUCCGCAUCGAGCAUCUAUCCAUCUACGUCUUACUCGCUCGCAUACGCGGCGACAAACACUCAACUGAUGGCAGCAGACACCGCGCUCACGUCCGUUCUGAGCUCUUCCAGCUUCUACACAUUAUGCGGCUCCAACGUCCGAAAGACGAAGGGGUCCGUCUCCACCUUCGGGGGUGCAGUCACGGCUGGAUCCAUCUCGACCACCGGAAUUCUGAGUGCGGGAGGUCUCACGUGCACGAGCAGUGCGGUCAGCGCAUCCGGCACCGCCAAUGCCGUAACUACGACGGAUUACGCACCCUCGUUGGCAGCCGGAAAUUCUGUGGUGAAAUACUUUGGAGUCGCAAACACAACAAACAACUCUGCGUGGCACCUUUUCAAAAACGUAGGUGCAGGAUCGACGUCCAACUACGCAGCAUUUGGGAUACAAGGGUUUGGUGUGGGAACUGGGUCCUUCAAUGCGAGCGCUAACGGAAACUUUGGUGUUUGCACGGUGAAUCCUACAUACACUCUGGACGUGUCCGGAACUCUUCGAGCUAGUUCCAAUUUUGCAGUUUCUGGAGGAACGGUCACUCUGCCCUCUGGAUCCGUUGCAGCAUCCGCAAUCGCGAAUCUAGAUGCAUCUAAGAUCACGACGGGAACUUUCUCCGUAGGGUCAUUCGGUACAAACAUUUCCACGACUGGGACGCUGACGGCGUCUGGUGCAUUCACUCUGCCUGGACGCUAUUACAAGUCCUAUACCAUUGCUUGCGACACGACUGCUGACUGCGCUUACGAAUUCGCAUCCUUCACGACAGGAACUGCCACGACUCUCGAUGUCACCAUAGUAUCCCCCAAGACGAGCAACAUCGAAUUCACGAAAAGGUAUUCCAUCACCGUCGGGAGUAGUCUGCUAACGGCGGACGGUGCUUGGAGGCGAUGCAUACCACUGUCCACACACAACGGAUAUCCGUCGAACGAGGACUAUGAGCUGCACGUGUCAUCACCAGGUGCGACCACCGUCACCGGCGGAUCCCAGUACGAACUGAGACUCAGACUGUUACACAGCGUCUCGACCAUAGCCUCGACUAUAACCGUAAACGUGACCGCUUAUUAUGCCCAGGAUGGGCUCUUCACGACUUCGAAUCUGUCGAGUACCUAUGUCGAGGACACCUGGAGAACGCUCAAUUAUCUGCCUUCGACCGCCCUGACACAGACGGGAGGUCAGGUGGGCGUGGGAACGACCAGUCCAUCCUACAAGCUAGACGUGGCCGGAAGCUUGCAUGCAUCUGGGGCCGCCACAUUCGAUUCGACCCUGACAGCUGGGGCAGUGUCGACGUCAGGGGCGAUCACCACCACGGGAACGGGGACGUACGACAUCGGAACUAAUGCGAACAAAUUCGGAAAUCUCUUCACGGCGUACAUCUACCCUACCACCUUUGUCACGAACCUCGUUCCUGUCACCCAUAACGCGUACGAUGUGGGAGUCUCGGGGGGCAACUACUGGAGGAACGCAUACUUUGCUGGGACGGUGAAUGCAUCGACAUUGUCCGCAAGCACGUACACCGGUCUCCCCAGAAAGUACUGGAAUGCUACGACUCAAGGCCAAUACAGUGCUACGCCCGGAACUCUCUACAAGAUCGGGGUGCUUCCAGCCAUCGGCGAUGCCUCUGGUGGUGGAGCGGUGCGGAUUUGCGGAUCCAUGGGAGGCUUUGGCACCAAUCAGAGUGUCACGGUAGACUGCACGAUUGCUUCGCGAGGUGCCACAAACACGAGCGAUCUGGGCACGACGAGCUUGUUGUGGAAAAACGCGUAUCACACUGGAACGCACUACAACAGCGGCAACGCAGGCUUCACCGCAAAUUCAACCACAGCACUCACGACGGUCGCUCCCUUCCACUUCUACGGUGCUUGCGAUGUCAACGGCACCACGGCAGUUAUCGGGGUCAACACUUCCGGAUGCGGUCUGGUUCUGGACGACGUAGCACAAGCCAAGUGGAGGCUCGGGACGGGUGGUUAUAACCUCACUUUCCAACAACAUACCAGUACGUCGGCAACCAACUAUGGGAAUGCGCAAUUCACGACCAGGGUCUACUUCAGCUCAAACGGUGACGUCAACGCAUCGAGGCACGUGUACGCAGGUUCCAACGUGUACGCAUCUGGGUCAUGUUAUAACAAUGGCAAUGCGAUCACUUCCGACAAAAGACUCAAGACGAACGUCCGCCCAAUCGAGGGUGCGCUGUCCAAGAUUUGCCGGUUGGACGGAAAAGUAUACGACUUCAAACCGCACAAUCAGAACAUGGUGAAGCCGAAUUCGUCCGGCUUCAUCGCCCAAGAGGUGCGGGAAUUGUUCCCAGAAUGGAUAGCUGAGUGGGAUGAUGGAGUAACGGAGGCCUUCCCAGGAGAAGAGCCCAUACUUUGUAUCGAUGCUGGUUAUGGUCUGCAAGCAUACCUCGUGGAGGCGAUCAAAGAACUUCGAGACGAAAACGCCGCACUCAAAGCCAGAAUGACCGCUCUGGAAGAACGUUGCAAUUGCUAA